AUGUGGACAUAUUUUUUGUUUCAUUUGUUUUGCACUUUUACUUGUUUGGCCUAUCCAAUUUGUGAAUUUAUUCGUUGGAAAUCCCUUGACGAAACAAUACGUACCGGUGAUUUGCGCUCACCAGAAGAACAAAUUGUGCUGUUUUGGACAGGAAUAUGGCAAUUAAAUUAUUUUGCAUGUGCCCCAAUUGCAACCUUUAUUCUUAUGUUGGAUCGUUGUUUGAUUCUUUGGUCUACCGCUUUAAAUUUUAAUGAAUACCUUGAAACACUAUUUAAAUGGAUGGGACCUUGUUGCUUGAUACUUUGCUACUUAAUAAGUUUGAUAAUUUAUUUGAAUGAACUUCCAUUAAAUAGAAGUAAUUUAAAUUUAAAAUGUGAUUUAAGCUAUAAAAUAUAUUUAAGAAUAUUAUUACUUAAAUUAUACUAUGAACUAAUUUUAUUUUAA